AUGGUUUUUCGAUCGGAUCAGAAAAAAUUAACUCGAAUGGUCGGCGGGCAAUUAGUUAAAGAAAAUGAAUAUCCUUUCGUGGCAAUUGUGGAUGGUUUAACUUUCGGUUGGGGACAUUCCAUAUAUUCCGGACAUCCAAUAGAAUCGCCAUCAGAACAAUUAAAUUCUUUAAAAACAAAAACUGUCCCAGCGAGAGUUUGUUUAUUAGAAUACCAAACUUUUGGGGAAAACCAAAUUUGUUUGGCAAGUACAGAAGGUAAAGGGAUAUGCCACGGUGAUGUUGGGGGGCCCUUAAUUAUCCAACCAUCAGCAAUUUUUUUACAAAUCGGUAUUAGUUCUUAUGGUGGUGCUUGUAAUUCAACCAAACCUGAAGUAUAUACGAGAAUAUCAUCUUAUCAUGAUUGGAUCGAUAUCGUUCUUAAAAAAGGGUUAGAUAACAGCGAAGAAAUUAAACUACCAACACAAGAUAAAAAGAAAAAAAGACGAAAAAAUAACAAAUACUAA